AUGGGUCUUUCGAGCUACUUGCAGCACAGGCGCGAUUGCCAGCGCAAGCAAGACGAACGCGCAUCCAAGAUCGCAACGCUCCCACAAGCGUACCUUUCCCCUCUAUCACCGCAAGAGCGAACUAUUCUAGGGAGACCGAUCCAAGAACUCGUGCAAGAUGUCCACAAGCAGGUUACCGCCCCCGUAGACAUCCUCCGCGCGUACGGCAAAGUCACCGUCAAGGCCCAUGAGAAGACAAAUUGUGCCACAGAGAUACUCUUUCCCGAGGCUGAAGAAUGGGCCAACAGCGAAAUCAAUACCAAAGGUCCAUUGGCCGGAAUCCCAGUGUCUUUGAAGGACUCUAUACAAGUGAAGGGGUUCGACAUCUCCGUGGGCUUCUCAUGCAACACGGGGAAGCCUUACGCCGAAGAUGGACCAAUGGUUAAAUUGCUGAAAGACGCUGGCGCCAUCCCCUUCGUGAAAACCAAUUUACCUACCACGCUGCUCUCGUUCGAAUCAACAAACGAUGUUUGGGGCCGCUGUACCAACCCGCACAACGAUAAAUACUCUCCUGGUGGCUCUACGGGAGGCGAAUCAGCUCUAUUGGCCUUUGGUGGCAGUCGCAUAGGCAUUGGAUCCGACGUAGCGGGCUCGGUGCGGGUUCCUGCCCACUUCUCUGGCUGCUAUUCGAUACGCUGUUCCACAGGGAGAUGGCCAAAAAUGGGCAUGAAUACCAGCAUGCCGGGUCAGGAGGCAAUUCCCAGUGUGUUCAGUCCCAUGGCGCGGACGCUGAAUGACCUCACCUACUUCACACGGAGCUUGAUCCAGAUGAAGCCAUGGACAUACGACUACACUGUGCAUCCGCUCGAAUGGCGGGAGAACUUGGAGAAAGAAUACAAAGAGAAGAAGACCCUUCGGGUAGGUGUCAUGCGGACAGAUGGUGUUGUUGACCCGGCUCCCGCGUGUGCGCGUGCUUUGGACGAUGUAGCCAAAGCGCUGGCAGCUGAGGGCCAUGAAGUCUACGAUGUGGACCCGCCUUCUCCGUACGAAGCACUUCAACUCGCGUCUCAUCUACUUCUGAGCGACGGAGGUGCCACUUUCAUGUCGUUCUUCCGCACCGGCGAAUGGAACGACUCGGGUGCCGCCCAAAUGGUGUUUUACAUGAAUCUUCCACGGCCUAUCAAGUACAUAUACUAUCUUUGGGUCAAGUAUAUCAAGCGGGACAACAUUUGGGCCGGACUACUCCUUGACUGGCACGCGAAGACGGCGCAUCAAUACUGGCAGUUGGCUGGCAAACGCGAAGCAUUCAAAAAUAGGUUUUUCAACUGGUGGAACGACGAGGCGAAGAUGGAUAUCAUGAUCACCGCACCAAACGCCACGCCCGCCGUACCCCACGAUGGAAUGCAGGACGCUGUCAGUAGCUGUGGAUAUACCUUCCUGUUCAACUUGUUGGAUUACUCCGCCGGCAUUAUCCCCGUUACUCAUGUAGAUGCAAAGCUCGAUCAAUUGCCUACAACGUUCAACUUCAAAGCGCUCAACGGUGUUGCAAGGGGCGCGUACAAGCACUACGAUGCCGCUAAGAUGGCCGGUCUGCCUGUCGGUGUGCAGGUCGUUGGGCGGCGUUUGGAAGAAGAGAAGGUGCUCACUAUCAUGGAAAGGAUCGAGGCUGCUUUGGAUAAGCAAAAUGGGCGAUAUAAGUUACUUGAGGUCGAAUAG